AUGUCACAGAUAGAAAUAGAGAAAUUUCAGCAACAAGUAGAAGCCAUUGGUGCAGAAACAAUUCAGGCUAUUGCCACAUCAGGUCCAGAAACACAAGUAAAACUAUUGCAAGCGCUUGGCUUACAAUCAACAUUAAUUACAGAUGGUCGUAGUCCAAUAAAUCUUAUGAAUUUUGGCCACAAUUUAUUAGGUGGCACGACUGGAGUUACCACAUCGCCUUCAGUUGCUGUGGGUGAUGAUGAUUAG